UUUCCCGCCUUCGACUCCUACUUUCUCUUCUUUAGUCUCACUUUCUCCCUCACAGUGACUCAAGUUACAAAACUAAACUCUCAGCUCAACAAUCAAAAUGUCUUACAUUGCCAGGUUAGACAUCACUUAUUAACUGGACACAAAUUGUCUUGUAUCAAUCUUAUUUGUUUUACAGUCCUUCAAUGGUCUCUUUUCAUUUCUUAAUUAAGUUUAACUAAUCAGUUGAUUGUUCCAGCUUUCCAUACUUUUUCAACUUAACCCAUUUUAACCCGACACUUGAUUCAUCGUAGUUGUGCCUGUUACCAAGAGAUUUAACCAGAAAUUUUGUCAAAGAAAUUACUGUUUCUUUGUAACCCAAAAAUGAAUUGGAUAACUUUCAUUUCGAUAAUCUCUAUUCAACUAGUGAUUAACCCUGUGCUUGGUAAGCAAUUAAAGGGUGAUAAAUUGUCUUCCGAUGAAAAGUUAAAUGGUGAUAAAGUUAAGAAACCCUAUCAAUUUGGAUAUGAAAUUGAAGAUGGACAAGGCAAUAUGCAACAUCGACAUGAACAUUCGGACGGAAGUGGAGCUAAAGUAGGAUCUUAUGGAUAUGUUGAUGCCAACGGAAUCUAUCGUAAAGUUGAAUAUAUUGCGGAUGAUAAAGGAUUUCGGGUUAAAAUGUCAUCGAAUGAACCAGGAAUUAAAGGUUACAACUCACCAUCAAUUUCAAUGGUAACCAAACCUUAUCUAGGCAAUGAAUUGGAGACAAGUACAUUAGCACCCAUUCACGAUGGAUCAUUUAAUUCACUGGAGAAAGAAUCAUCUCGACUGGCACCAACUAAAUUGGACAAUGAAGCAAAACCUCGACAUUCUGAGCCUAAAAAAUAUGGUGAUAAACAUGUUCCAGAAUAUCUUUAUAAACGAAUUAUUCCUUCUUCUAAAGAGUCAGAUGAGCAUAGAGCUAAUCAGAAUCGUCCAUCAUUGUAUCCGAACCAGUUAAUGAAUUCACCUGCUAUUGAGAGUAAACCGUCUUUACCUUUAUCAUCUGAUUCGCAUUAUUCACCUCCAUUGAAGCCAAAUCAUGGGUUUAAAUCUUCCUCUGAAGAGGCGAAUUCAAUAUCUGAGGAAGUCUAUCGAACUGGUCAUCGACCUACUAUCAACUCAUUUUCACCCCUAAAACCAAGCGAUGGUAAAUCAUUUGAAUCAUCAUCUGAAGUAAAUAAUUAUGAUUCAAUUGGUAAACCUAAUCAUAAUGUGCCAAAUACUAUUCCUUACUCUCAAUAUGAUCCAAUUAAAAAAGAAAAAGAAAGAGCUCAACAAUUGAAAUCAAUGAAAGUUCCUUAUGAAUUGGAUCACAUUUAUCACCCUCCUGCCUACAGUAAACCUCAUUAUCCAUUACCAAUCAAAAAGGAAGAAGAUGCUGAUAGAAGUAAGGAAGGCACUCAUUUCCGAUCUCCAACAAGAUGGACUAAACACGAUGAAGACAUAAAGAAAGAAGAAGUUACUAAAAAUGAACCAAUUUAUCCAAGAGCGCGUUAUCACCAUGAACCAAUGUCAAAGCACACCUCAUCAAUGUAUUCGAGAAACAAACCUUUCAACAGCAAUUAUAAAGAUUCACCAAGUCAACUACCAUUGCCCCCAUCAUCAUUAACAUCUUAUAACAGCUAUCGAGAUCCUUCUGCUGGUUAUCUAGCUACUGAAUUACCAUUGCCUCCUCCAAGAUCUACUAACUACGAUAGUUCCCAUGAAACUCAGUUACCAGCUCCACCUUCAUCAUCACCCCCUGUUCAUUCAAGUAUCUAUCAAAUAGAUGCUCCAUCAUCUUCACCAUCUUCUCAUGAAUCUCAAGAUUAUCGUGAUAAAUCACCAUCUUAUUUCACAUCUUCUCUUCCUCCCUUCGAACCUACAAGACUAAAGAACCAACAUUACUCUGAUUUACUUCCCUUACCUCCUCCUCAACCAGCUUCAUCUCCAUCAUUACCACCACCUCCAUAUUCAUCGGAAAUUCAUGGUACUCCUGUACAACGGAAAAGACCUGCUGCUUACCCACCAAAACCAGAGACAAACAAGGAUAGCUCUGGUCAUGAUUCUGAUUUACCUCAAGUUAUUUAUGAUUCUAGAGAAUCAGGAUCAAACGAACGUGACUCUCAUGAGCAUCAUCAUUACCCAAUCAAUAGAAACGAACAUCGUCCAUCUCCUUCUUCUCAUCCUGACCAUGAUCAUGAUUGGUAUUCAGUUGUUAGUGAUUCACAUUCGGAUCGAAUUAAAAAUACUAAUAAAUAUGAACCAAAAGAUGAACCAGUCUACAUUAAUAAACUUCCUUAUGGUUUAAGUAAGGAAACAAUGGAUACACAAACCAAACCUUCAUUUCCUUUGAAUGAUUAUGGGCGAUUGAACGGACCAACAGUUAAUAGCCGUUAUCCAAGAGAUAAAAAUUCAGAUGAAAAUGUAUUGAAUAGACCCUCAAGAGGAACCUCAUCUGAAAUUUAUUCAACUUUCAAAACAGGCUUAAGAGGGCUUUUCAAUCAAAUUAGCAGAAACAAGGAAAAUCCAUACACUGGUUCAUCAUCAAAAAAUACCAAUGAACCAAAUAAUCACAUAAACAAUGCAAGUUUCGACCAAUACUCAGCGUCAUCUAAAUCUUCAUCUUCUUUAUUAUCAUCACCAUUGCCAUCAACUGAGACUGAUAAUAAAUCUAAAAAAUUGGAUUUAGUAUCAUCAGUUGAAGACUCUAAUCACAGUAAACAAGCCGCUCCAGUUUAUCGUGAUCGUUAACGAUAUUUUAAUUACAACUUAAUUUAUUAUUUUUAAUUAUUGUGUGCUAUCAUCUUUUUGUACGUUGAAAUCAAAUCUAUCAUCUAUUAAAAACCAUUUUAAGAAAGAGAUUCUGAUAUAUUUACGCAAAAUUGAAUCGAAAAUAAUUUAUAAUUUAUCAAUAUUUGCAAAUAAAAACAAAUAUAUUUUACAUCUGAGUGAAAAUUGUAACUAUUAAACGUAUUAUUUUUUAUAAA